CGACCUGGAAAAUUAGAUAAUAAAAUUGCAAUUUCGAGUUUUUUAAUUAAUCUAAUAUAAAUAUCUAACAAAGACCAAACUCAUAGAGGUAAAGACAACAACAACAACAACAAAAAGAAGACUUUUCCUGUUUUCCAUUCAUACAUCCGUGCUUCGCUAUAAUGCGCCUAUCUCCGUGUCCGGUAUAAUACGCAUACAGCCGUGCCAUCUACAAUGCGGUGGUCUCCGUGUGUCCGCCUCUCUUCUUCGCCGUCUUCUCCUUCUAGGUCUAAAUCCGCAAAUUCCAACUAAGAAUUUUGUCUUAAAUGUGCAAAACCAAAAUGGGAGUCAAUGCCUCAGAGCCAAAACGAACACGAUCACGAUCACGAUCACGACCGAGUCAAUCAGAGAGGAGGCAUCACCACCACCAGACUCCGUCGUCAACGAGCACCUCAGGCACAACAACAACAACGACCUCAAAUUCCAACAGAACAGUCAAAACCGGUGCCUCCUCUUCCUCCUCCUCCUCCUCCGGUGCUGCUUCUUCCUCAACCGCUAGUCGAACAUCUCUCGCUAGUCUCCGUGAAUCUCUACCUGAGAAUCCUCACAUAUACAACGUCUCCGAGAUCCGUGCCGCCACCAACAAUUUCUUAGCUCAUCGCUUGUCUUCAUCCUCCUCCAAAGCCUCGUGGCGUUGCAAUCUGAGAGGCAGAGAAGUAGUUGUGUUCCAGAGAAAGUUUAGGCGAAGAAUCGUCACGGAAGAGCUUAGAGAUCGUCUUUCAGAUAUCUGCCGGAGCCACCACGGAAGCAUAGUUAAUCUACUCGGCGCCUCUGUUUCAGGCGAUCACAUCUACUUAGUUUACGAAUACGUCAACGGAGCUUCUCUAGCUGAUUGUUUGAGAAACCCAAAGAACCCUAAUUUCACAGUUUUAUCUAAUUGGACUUCACGGAUCCAAAUCGCGACGGAUCUAGCUCACGGACUCGAUUACAUCCACAACAAGACCGGUUUAAAGAUCGAGAACUUGGUUCACAACCACAUCAAAAGCUCGGCGGUGAUCGUGACGGAGCCAGAUUUCAACGCCAAGAUCUGUCACUUCGGAACCGCGCAGCUCUGCGGCGAAACAGACGAAACGACGCCGGAGAGAGACGAAUCGAGAAACUCGAGGCGAUCCGAUAGCAGAGCAAUCAGAUUCGAAGGAGUGAGAGGAUACAUGUCGCCGGAGUUUCAAAAUUCUGGAACGGCGACUCAGAAAUCAGACGUGUACGCUUUCGGAGUCAUGAUGCUGGAGCUACUCUCAGGCGAGGAGCCGUUGAAGUAUAGGUAUGAUAAAUCCACCGGAGAUUUCGAACGGACGUCGGUGAUUGAAACGGCGAGAGCGGCGAUUGAGGACGGAGAUGGGGAUAGAGAGGGGAGAGUGAGGAGGUGGAUGGAUGGGAGAUUGGGGGAUUCGUUUCCAGUGACGGUGGUGGAGAAAUUAACGAGGUUGGCGUUGGAUUGUGUUGAGGAGGAUCCGGUGAAUAGGCCGGAGAUGGGAAGAGUCGCCGGGAAAAUAUCACAAUUGUAUUUGGAAUCGGAGAAAUGGUCGGCGAAUAUGAAACGGCCAACUGAUAUCACCGUCUCCUUCGCUCCCAGAUGAAUUGGAAUCUUCUUUUUAUUCCAAUUUUUAUUAUUUUAUUUUAUUUUUUCCCCGAAAUUUGUAUAUUCGUUAAUUUAAACUUAAAGUAAGUAGGAUUAAUUCAAAAAAAUUCCAAUUUAAUGAUUGAUUUGGUUGUAAUCACGACAUCUCUUCGUUUGAAGAUUGUUGAAGCGUAAGUAACACUAGUUACAUUGUUUGGAAAUUAAAUUCCAUAUCAAGUUUCCAAA